GAAAUAACCAAAUUUGGCAUUUCUUUAAGAUAAGACAGUGAAAUCGUAUUAUCAAUAAUGGCGGCAUUUAGAUUUGUUAUAUGGCUGGGAAUUAUACGAGGGUUACCACUUCAUGAUUGUCAGCAAAUAUGCACACCUUUCAAUGGUAAUAUCUUCUGGGAUGUCAGCAGUGACAAUGACACAUUUGAUAUACAAAGAAAUUUCAUACUGCGAAUUAUGCACAACGCACCCGAUGGCAGUACAAUUCGUGUAUACACGAUUGACAACACGUUAAAAACUAUAAUAAACGGUAUAAAAAACAAAACAAAAUUGGACAAUGAAUGGACUGAAACUCUUGCACGGGUUCCUCUUGGAAAUACUGAACAUCACAUCAUUUCUUAUAAAACUCUUGAGGACGCCAUAUCAGAAUAUCCAAAGGAAGCUGAAAUAAAAGCAGAAGAAUUGUUCUUUGUGGUAAAUGACAAGUCAAAGAUAGAUGACGAAGAGAAAGCGAUUGAGAAACUGAAGAAAAGAAAGACAUUUAUUGUAUUUUAUGGAACGAGUCAACCUUCUAAAUUUUGGAAAAAUUUGGCUACAGAUAAACACCACAUUAUACAACUUAACGACAAUAUUGAUGCUGAUGUGGAUUCAUUUCUUGCUCUAUCUUGUAAAGAUUCGCGGUUGAACUGUUACACAGACAUGUACUGGACUGGGGACGAAUGCAAGAGCUGUACACACAUCUGUUCCAGAACACCUGCAGAAGAUCCACAGUAUUGUCGUGAAGCUUGUCCUUAUUUCCGUGACAGAGAAAUGACCAGUGAGAAAAAUGGGUAUCAUAGUCUAGUACCCAACCAAGAAUGGAUCGUUGUGUUUUUGUUUUACAUGCUGAGAUUGUGACACAAGCAUUUUAUGAGAAAGGAACUGAAAAUACAAACAUUCUAGUAGCCCACCUUGUAGACGUUUAACAUGUGUAAAAGAAGUCUGAGAUAUUUCCGCUUGAUAGGAAGGGAAAAUAUUUCCAUAUAGCUUUUAUGUUAUUUAGAGACUAAAUUGUAUAAGUUAUACAACCCCGUUUACUGUAGUACAAAAAGAUUUUGACUUGGUUAAUAAAAUACGGCCUUCCAUCAUUUAUAUACACGUAUUAAAUAGUGAUGUAUAAAAUAUGUCUUAAUAUUACUAUGGUAUCUAAAGUAUGCAACCGUAAGCAAACGUGACAAAAUGUAUUUAAGUAACAAGACAAUGGAAGAUGUCGUUUCAGAGACAGAUGUGAAUAACACAAAUAAUGCGUCGAGGUCAUUGAUCAUUCCCACAGGACUGUGUAAAACAUGGAUACAUGGCAUUAGAAGUUAGGUAGGAAUAUACACCUUCGAAUUGCGAUCUGGUCGUAGUAUUCUUGGUAUCACUUGGAAGAUGAAAGUGGCAAAAAGCAGAAAAAGAGGGAGUGAAGAUGUUGAUAAUGGAAAUUGAGACUAUAAGUAGCAUUGAGAAGAUAGCUCUAGUAUUAUAGUACUUAUCGAAACAAGAAACUACUUAUUGGAGUAGUAGUUGGCCCCUCUACAGCUUCAUUUAAACGGAAAGUUUAAUUGAUGUGUAAAAUCUGAGUUUUUAUCAAAUUUUUAUAUCUUAUUAAGUUAUAGUCCAGACAGGGAACCUUGUAUUCUGGAUGUGAGCUUGAUUUUAGAGCUAUGUUGUCUGGGUGUUGUACAUGACACGUUGUUUCAUUCUGGGAAGUAUUUGUGCAAAAAAUAUUAGAAUCCCUUGAUGGAAAGCUGAGUUACGGACCGCAUUGGAAAAAAGAACUAUUAAACUUUGACCUCAGGGUUUGACCUUGACCUUUGAGUUAAGGAUCUUGGUGUUGCACGCGGCACGUCCUCUGGUUAUGGGAACGUUUUUGUCAAGUAAUAAUAAAAUCCCUUGAUGGAUGACAGAUUUAUGAGCCAGACAGGAAAUACAAAAAUGACCUAUGACCUCUUAGGCUAUGAGUUUGGGUGCACAUUACACAUCAUGACAUUAUGAGAUACUUACGUGUAGUGUAAUAUUAGAAUUCGUUUAAAGAUGACAGAUAUAUAGACAAAAAAAACACUACUGAUCAUUAUGGGAUACAUUUAUGCGGAGUAAUAUUCGCAGAAGCGGUGGUUCCAAUACCGCAACGGUUGAGAAUUCGUCGCAGAAGCGGUGGAUAAAUAUGGCCGGCUGACUACAUUACGGGUUACAACCACAGGAUAUUCGCCAUACGUGUAACCCUUUCAGGAAUUUUAUCUUUUGGGAUUUCAGCAGAGAUGAAAACACAUUUGAUAUACACAGACAUUUCAUAUUUCGAAUAAUAGACAACGCACCUUUGGGGAGUGAAAUUCGUUUAUAUGCGGUUGGCAAAACUUUUAAUCUUAUAAUCGACGAUGUAAAAGACAAAAGAAGAAAAAAGAAAUGGAUUGAAACUACUACCCGGGUUCCUCGUGGAAAUACUGAAAAUCAUACAAUUUCUUACAAAACUUUAGAGGAAGCCAUAUCAGAAUAUUCAAGGAAAGUUACAGCAGCUGAAGAAAUAUUCUUUGUGAUCGACGACAACUCACUAAUAGAUGACGAAAAGAAAGCGAUUGAGCUACUGAAGAGAAGAAAGAUAUUUGUUGUUAUUCAUGAAACGAGACCACCCUCUAAGUUUUGGACAAAACUCGCCAACGAUAAGCAUCACCUUCUAAAGCUUCACGAUAACGAUAACCUUGAUGCUGGUGUGGAUUCAUUCUUGGCUCUAUCUUGUCUCUAUCUUGUCAAGGUUACUCGUCUAAAACGUUUUUUCUCUUCAAUACGUCGUAUCUUUAUUUGUUUCUGAAGCGUUACACUCGCUAUGAUAGAAGGUAAUUUGUAUGCACUCAUCGUCACAUGCUGUGUUAUAAGUGCAGAUAUGACCUAGCUGUGCGUUCUGUUACUGGGAGCUGGUCUAAACUUGUUUAAAGAAAGAUUUUUAUUUCAAAUUUAUUUUAAAAUACACAAUGUCCUUUUUCCUUUUUUAUCAUAAACUUACAGGUUUAAAUCCUCAUUGUACACAAAAAACUUUAUUAACAGGUUAAUUGUAUAUUUUGUUAUGAUUCAAAGUUUAUAUUUGUUUCUUUAUCUACAGAUUCGUGGUUGUACUGUAACACAAACAUGUACUGGACUAGGGACGAAUGCAAGAAUUGUACACACAUCUGUUCCAGAACGCCUGCGGAAGACUCAAAGUACUCACAAUAACAGAGGGUAUUACCUAGGAUAUGAAGAAACUAAAACUAAUGUGCAGAGAUCAUUGACAAGCUCUAUAUCCGCUAUAUGGGUGUAAAAAUAGACUUAAGCUUUUGAACUGGUAAAAAGAAGAUAUUCAAUUGCGUUGUUAGUGCAGGACAGUCCCUAGUGUGUGGGAGACUGCGAAUGGGGAGAUAGGGGAGGACGCCUUGUGUGUGGGAGACAGCGAAUAGAGAGAUAGAGGGAGGACGGCUAGCAGUAUCAAAAUAUCCGCUACAUCUCUCAGACAUGAUGACAGGAAACAUAGUAUUUAUAUUUCUGGCAAGCUCUUCUCAUGCAACAUGUCGGCACUUGUGGUGAUUUAAGCAGUGAAUUGAGCACAAGCUUGAAAUGUUUUAUGUUGUUCCAUAAUUGGAUAUGGGUUAUGUUUAUUGUUUGUAUAAAACAUUGAGAGGAAUAUAACAUGCUGUCUCCUAUUGCAUGACAAAUAACUCUGUUGGUAACUGAACAGAUGCAGACUAUAUUCCAGGAGUAAAAGAUAAAGUUUCUAGAGUGAGGAAAUAAUUAAAAAUGUUAGCAAGAUACACCUGAUCAAAAACAAACUGUUGAUAAUUAAACAGACAUGUUGCUUUGUCUACAUGUAUGCAUCCAUACAUUGUAGAUUGCAGUCAGAUGGACUUGAAUUGAAGUGUGUUUUACAUAUUAAGCUGCUUGUGUUAUAUAAUUAUCAUAAAAUAUCUAUGUUGUAAAUAUUUUUUUUAUAAUAAGUAAUAUCAUUUUAAAAUCAGAACGAUCGAUUUCUAUUGUCCACGUAUUAUGAAAAUAUGUGUAGCUUAAAUUUUUGUCUUUUGUUUUUUUAGUCAGUAGGUCAUUUUCAUGCAUGUAUUUGUCCGGUCUGUUUACCUUUAUAUGUGUUAUGGUUAUCAAUUUUCUGCAUGUAUCACAUGUUUCUUAUCUUAGAGCGGAAUAAACGAUCUAUUUCAGUGUAUCAAAAAGCAAAGUGCUUUCUGUCAGAGCACGUGUUGGAUUGUCUAGUUGAUCUUUAGUGUUGUAUUUCUAUGUCCUUUUUUAGAUUAGUUUUUUUAUUAAUUUGUUUUUGAUGUUGUUAGUGGUGGUGAUGCUGUAGCUGUUUUUGCAAUUUUCCGUAUUUUGAUUAAAAGGUAUUUACUUUUGAAAUGCAGAGAUGUAAAUCUGAAGUUGUGAUCAUAUAAAGAAGUUACAUUAUCAUGAUUAUCGUAUAUUUUUAUUGUUUAAAAUGAUUGGAUAGUACUUCGAAUAAGAUGUUCCUCGUUGAUAAUGAGAACUGGAUAAUUUUUAUGAUACCUAUGAAUGAAAUAUAUGAAAAAUGAACUUUUGUUAUUUCCACUUUAAAUUAUUACAUCUUUAAAAUUUCAAAUUAAAUUUCUAAAUCACCUGUUUUUUUUUUGGCAGAAUUAAUACAUCAGUACAGUUAAACUUGUAUUAGGCCUAAAAUAAUAUUGUUUGUUCCCGGUAACAUGCCCAAACACAUAGGGUAGGUAGGUAGGUAUGAUUUUUUUCACAAUGAAGAAAGAGCAACUUCCCUUGAAAAGUAUCAAAAAUAGCGAAAAUAUCAAUUUUCACCAAACGCCAUAAAAACAUUUAGGAUGGUUGCAAAUUUUAGGGUAGAUAGGGAUACCAGAAACAAACAAUUUUUAAGGCCUAAUGAGCGAAUAUGUUCAUUUAUUAUUUGUUUCGGAUAUGGUAAAUGUUUGCAUGAACGAUGUUGAUGAUUGAAUAGUCCCUAAUGGUAGUUGAUCUGAUCGGGUGAAGUAAUUUUUAUUGGAAGCUUUAACAUUUGAUCAUUUACACUUAUACAUGUUCACUGACUGCUUAGUACAUUUCACUGAUAUGAUUGUCAUAUCCUGGUUGUCCGUCCAAGAUACAGAUUUUAGCGAAUAUAUAAUGAUGAUAAACAUACUUUCCAACGUCAUUAUUACUCUACUAUAUUUGUCAAAGAUGUGUCUUGACAAUUAUGUUUUCAGAUGAAACUCAUUAGAAAUGCAGGUUUAUAAAAUUAUUAUUACCUCUUUUUUUCUAUCUUGAUGUGUCAAAGAUAGACUGAUUUUUGUUAAGUUUGUUGAUAUAUCCAAAUAUCUACCAAACUGUAAAAGUAAAACAAGAAAAAAUAUUGAAAUCAAAUGGAAUACUCACCUUUUUAAAUACGUUCAUAUUAACAGGGCAACAAAACAAUUGUAUUAAAAAAUCAUCUCUAACAGGGACCUACCUCUAUGCAACCAGUCUUUUGUUCUACAAACUUUAAGAAAAUACGAUAAGCAAAAAUUGUCAUAGAAUGUAUAUUAUAGGUCUUUGAUUUCGAGUAUGUUAUAUCAAACUCUUCAAAAUAUAGGGUUAGGAAGGUACGCAACUCGAAAUUAAUUAAGAGUUACAUACUUUAUUAAAUAUCACAUAGCUGGCAUUAAUGCACAUUCGUGUAAUGCACCUUUUCAAUAAGCCUAAAAUUCUUCACGUGUCUGUGCAUCUGUCCUUCUGUGUGUCUGUAUGCAUACUGUUUACACAAUAUCCCUUGAACAGCUUGUUUGAAUUUGACCAAACUUACUGAAUAGAUUAAAUAAUAGGGGGAGGAAGGCUGUGAUUGCAUUUGAGGAAAUUUGAUUAAAGAUCAAGGUCGCUAUUGCUAAAAAUAGAUUUUGUAUUGGUCUGUGCACUAUUGUCAAUGUUAAUUUCCUGAACAGUUCUUGGAUUUUCGCCAGACUUUAUACAAGUGGACCUAUAUUGACAAUGUCUUGGACGAGUUUGCUAAAAAAUUCUUUGCAUACUUAACCCUGUGCUGGACAAUGUCUUGGAUGAGUUUGCUAAAAAAUUCUGUGCAUACUUAUCCCUGUGCUGGCCAGUAAUUGAUCAGUGAUUUGAACGCAAUAUCUCCUGAACGGCUUCUUGGAUUUUCACCAGACUUUACCAAUGGAUCUAUAUUGAUGUCUCGGAUGAGUUUGCUCAUGGAGAAAUUCUGCACAUACUUAUGAGCUACGCUGGCCUCUGAUGAUUAGUGUCGUUAAUAUGGUAUCUCUAGAAAGGCUGACUGGAUUUACAGCUGAGUUUACCCGGAGCUCUAUUUAGACAUUGUUUUGACUGAGUUCGCUCCUGGAGAAAUUCCAUGCGUAUAAAAUGUGCUGGCUUGUGAUUGGCUGAUGUUGUUGUUGGAUUUUUUACCAGACUUUACCAGUGGAUCUGACUGUAAACAAUGUCUGAGAUAAGUUCGCUCAUAGCGAGAUUCCGAACAUAGUACUUAGCUGUACUGGCCUAUGCUUGGUUGAUUUCGUUUAUUGGAUAUCCCAUAUAAUGUCAUGUUGGAUUUAGACCAGACUUUACCAGUGAAUAUGUAUGGACAAUGUCUACCAUAGGCCAAUAUUAAUAAUGCAAUAUCCCUUAAAUGGUCCUUAAUUUUUACCAAACUGUACAAUUUAUUUAUAUUGUUUGAGGGUAGGGUUUUGUGAACCACAUGGUCUCGUUUAUUUCAGUCUACUUCCCUUAUAGAAAUGAUAUUAAUUCAUAGUAUUAUUACACCUGCCUGUUGAAAAUCAAACGUUUUUCACAAUUACAUGAAUUUAAAGGUUUGGUUUGUCAUAUGCUGUAAGCAAACAGUACAAAGUCUGAUAAGACAGCUCUUUCGAGGCUGUCUGAUCUGGGUCUGAGCAAAAGCAUCAGUAUUUUUUAUUAGCAAGAUAAUGGUUAAAUGUUCUCAAUGUCAACAGUGAACAAUGUAUGACACAAUUCUGUCAAUAAACAUCAAGUUAAAACAUGUUUAAUUGAGUUUAUGUUAUUUUCUGUGAAGAAAAAAUACAGAUGCAUGUAAUAAUUUGCAUUCAUUAUUUUUAUUGUUGCGAGUGUAACACUUUGCCUACAUUAAGCAUUAACAUGAUGACUAAAUAAAGUACAGGUAUUUGGCUUCCAAACUUGCUUAUUGUAAACAAGUAUGCGUUGCACUUUUAUGCAAAGCAAUUAAACUGCUUAUUUAAAUAAAAUAUAUGUUUCAGAAUUCAUAACGUCAAUUAAUGAAGGAUAAAUUCAUAUAUUUUGUAUUAAAUUUUACUCAAAAGUAAGUAAUUCCAUAACAUGAAGCCUCUACAACAAUGAGAACGUAUCUUUUUUAACUGAAAUGUACAGUUGUUCCAUUGUUGUAGUCACAGUUUUGCUUAAACCUUAUCAGAAAUGUGUCUAGUUCACAUGUCAAAAAUAGUGUUACCCUUGCAACAUCACUUAUAAUUGCAUCAUUAAUCUGCAUGGGUUGAUACAUGAUAAUUAGUACCACAAAUGAUCUAUGGUGCUGGUGUUCCUGUGAUAGAUAAAUAAAGAUGCAUGUUAUCUCGCAUUUGAAAAUAAUCUUAUCAUUUUUAAUCAAAAUGUUACACUUGCAACAUAUUUUAACCGACAAUUUUUAUUUUGCUAUUAUUAUUGUAUAAAAGCACUGAUCUUAAAACUUCAGAAUACUUUGUGUAGAUAAAACAUGAGUCUGUGAAAAAUAUACAUACAUUUUCAGUACCUUUGCCUUACAACUACUAAUAAAAUACAGUUUAUUUUGAAAAUGGACGUUUUUGAGCUGUAAACAAAAUACAAUGGGUCAUGUUACUUAGAUGCACAAAAUGAAUGCAUCAGAUGUUGGUGUAUUAGAAUACUAUCCAUAUUCAUAUGUUCAAGGCAUUGGUAAAAACAAGCAUUUUGCAUAUUCAAAUAGCGUUUUCUUUACACAGUCACUUUGAAAAACGUGUUUUUGUUAAAAUGUCCCGAAAAAGUGUUAUACUUGCAACAAAUUUAGCCAUAUUUGACUUCAUUAAAUUUGAUUAACAGCAUAUAUCAUCAUGAAACUUGCUAAGCACAUUUUGGUCAUAGAGAUGCAUAUUAAAAUAUAAAAUCUAUGUUAAGAAUCUUUUUAUUUGUUUUUUUUUUAAAUAAGUUUAUUUGAUUUGCCUCAUUUUUUUUUUAAAUCACCCACAUUGGCUUACUUCUGCGACAAGGCCGUAUGUGGGGGUACUGUGUUGAGAUUUGUCUUGGACUUUAAUCAGUAAACUUGAAACUUGAAACCCUGUGUCAAAAACAUGAAACCAUGUGUUACAAACUUGCUUGAAACCCCGUGUUACAUCAAAAUCAUACAUGAGACAUAUCCUGAGCUGAAAGCAAACAAUUUUAAAGCAUUAGGCUUUAGGUAAGCCAUACCAGAGUGAAAAAGCGUACUCAUACAUGCCUAUAACCAUUUAACCUUUUCGUGACGUAAACUUGGUGCACCAUAAACUGAAUCUUCCAACUGGGACCACAAGAAGCUUGAUACAAGUGACUUUAUACACUCGGGUUCUAAUAGGUUAAUUGUUAGGAGCGACCGAGGACGCUGACUUUGAGGUCAGAAUUAAUCUUAAAACCACUUUCUUGGAAAUUAUAAAGUUUUAUAAUUUACUAAAUACUGUAUUAUUUUCAGACUAUAAUUUCAUU